AUGAAUCAGAUGGUGAAAGAUUAUGCUCUUAAGGCAAGGAGGGAUGUUUUUAUUCUAAAAAAUGAAUUGUUAAGGUAUAGGGUGGGUCUGAUUCCUGCUAUGCUAGCUGUUUUUCCUAAUGCUGAGCAAAGAUUUUGUUUGAGGCACAUUCAUGAGAACAUAAAAUCCAAGUGGCGUGGAGAUCUUUACAAGAAUUUGCUUUGGUCAGCCGGAAGGAAGACAUCUAUUCCAUACUUUAACAAAGCUAUGGAAGAAAUUAAGACAACAGAACGAGCUAUGUAUGACUGGCUGAAUGAGAUCCCAUUCACCGCUUGGUCAAGAGCAUAUUUUUCUAGAAGAUCUAAAUGUGAUAUGUUGUUGAACAACAUAUGUGAGGUUUUUAACAGACAAAUCGUAGGAGCAAGGGACAAGCCGAUUAUCACAUGCCUAGAAUUCAUCUGGGAGUACAUGACCAAGAGGAUAGUGAAUGUCAAGAAAUUACAAGCAAAGUGUAUGGGGCCACUGACUCCUCAUGCCACUGAGGUCUUCGAUGAGAUCAAGAAACAUGCUGUUGAAUUGUCUGUUUUAACGGUUUAUUCGGACAAGAACUGGGAUUUGACAGGGAUGCCUUGCAAACAUGCAGUUGCAGCCAUAUGGGAUAUGUCAAGGAAUAGCAUUGAUGCUGGCAUAGCAGAAGACUGGGUGGAUGAAGUGUAUUGGCUGUCAACAUGGAAGAAAGUUUAUUACAAUGUCAUAGAGCUAAUCAACGGGCCGGAGAUGUGGACUCCUUCAGAGUGUCCAACAACACUCAUCCCACCAAAGCAUCAUACACAAGUUGGAAGGCCAAAGAAGAAAAGAAAGAAGGCAUAUGGUGAAAAAGAGCUUGAGCAGGAGUUCGACAAAGGAGGUAAAAUGACCAGAAAGGGUAGUAGCAUCAAGUGUGGUAAAUGUGGGAAUAUGGGUCACAAUGUCAGGAGCUGCAAAGGACAAGGGGCUGAACAAUCCAUUGCUUCACAGGAAUCACACACUGCCACUCAAGGUGCACCAGUUUACACUCUUGAUGAGUGA